AUGACCCUGCCCGGGGGCCCGACGGGCAUGGCGCGGCCGGCAGGCGCGGGGUCCUGCAGCCCCGGGCUGGAGCGGGCCCCGCGCCGGAGCGUCGGGGAGCUGCGCCUGCUUUUCGAGGCGCGCUGCGCUGCGGUCGCUGCCGCCGCCGCCGCCGGGCAGCCCCGGGCUCGCGGGGCCAAGCGGCGCGGGGGACAGGUCCCCAACGGGCUUCCGCGGGCUUCCCCUGCCCCAGUGAUCCCGCAGCUGACUGUGACGGCCGAGGAGCCGGACGUGCCCCCGGCCAGCCCCGGGCCGCCCGAGCCGGAGGGUAGCUGGCUCCCGGCUGUGGGUUCGUCGCACCUGCAGCAGCCGCGCCGCCUCUCCACCUCGUCGCUUUCCUCCACUGGCUCCUCGUCGCUGCCCGAGGAUUCGGAGGACGAUCUUCUGAGCGACAGCGAGAGCCGGAGCCGCGGCAACGUGCAGCUGGAAGCGGGCGAGGACGUGGGUCAGAAAAGCCACUGGCAGAAGAUCCGGACCAUGGUGAACCUGCCGGUCAUGAGCCCUUUCAAGAAGCGCUACGCCUGGGUGCAGCUGGCGGGGCACACGGGGAGUUUCAAGGCAGCGGGCACCAGCGGACUGAUCCUCAAGCGCAGCUCGGAGCCGGAGCGCUACUGCCUGGCGCGGCUCAUGGCGGAUGCGCUACGAGGCUGCGUGCCCGCCUUCCACGGCGUGGUGGAGCGCGACGGCGAGAGCUACCUGCAGUUGCAGGACUUGCUCGACGGCUUCGAUGGGCCUUGCGUACUAGACUGCAAGAUGGGCGUCAGGACUUACCUGGAAGAGGAGCUGACCAAAGCCCGCGAGCGGCCCAAGCUGCGGAAGGACAUGUACAAGAAGAUGCUGGCGGUAGACCCUGAGGCACCUACCGAGGAAGAGCACGCGCAGCGCGCGGUCACCAAGCCGCGCUACAUGCAGUGGCGAGAAGGCAUCAGCUCCAGCACCACUCUCGGCUUCCGCAUCGAGGGCAUCAAGAAAGCCGACGGCUCCUGCAGUACCGACUUCAAGACCACACGAAGCCGGGAGCAGGUGAUCCGCGUCUUUGAGGAAUUUGUGCAAGGGGAUGCGGAAGUGCUGAGGAGGUAUCUGAACCGCCUGCAGCAGAUCCGGGACACUUUGGAGGUCUCUGAGUUCUUUAGGAGGCACGAGGUGAUCGGCAGCUCGCUCCUCUUCGUGCAUGAUCACUGCCAUCGCGCCGGUGUGUGGCUCAUCGAUUUUGGCAAGACCACGCCCCUCCCUGACGGCCAGACCCUGGACCACCGGCGGCCCUGGGAAGAGGGCAACCGAGAGGACGGCUACUUGCUGGGGCUGGACAAUCUCAUUGGCAUCCUGGCCAGCCUAGCCGAGAGAUGA